AUGUCGGUCAAUGUCAGGCACGGACCACCUCAGGACGAGCGCCUGGCGGGGUGGGAAGAUCUUUUGAUGGAGGAGCGAAGGUCGUGGAAUGCGACAGGGAAAACCGAGACACAGAUUCUGAGCGGCGAGAAAUCUCUGACCUACGCCGAGAAGUUUCAGCAGAGGAUUUUCGAAGCGAGAAAGAUUCCGCACUUUCAGUUCGUGCACCACCAGCCCCGCGGGAAGCCUGCCCUCUGGAUCGUCAGACCUAAACAAGGCGCGUACUGCGAGUUGAUGAAGGACGAUACCCCCCGGAUUAAGUCGCUCGUUUCUCGCGUGCGCGCGCGGUAUGACCGCAAUCGCCUGGACAUUUUCAACAUCACGCUGACUGCGGACAUGCCGCUUUGCGAGGUCUUCUUCAUCGGCCCCAUUCCCGAGCUCGGAAGGAUUUUCUAUGCCCGCGGCGGCACUCUGCAGUACCGCGUGUGCCCGCGCUUUCGGACGCGCUGCCCGACACUGGCGAAGGACGAACGCCUCGUCCAAAAAUACGGAGGCGACGCUUGCCCAGGGCUCUUCCCCGAGUGGGAUGAGGACGGCAUCAUGGAGGAGCUCGACGAGUGCCUCAACCCGCCCCCGCCCGAAUCGGAGUGUUACCCCGCGAACCUCGAAUGGGACAACCUCGCGGCGUUCACGCCGGAGAACGUCGAGGAGCGUCCGCGCUGGUACGCGCAGGUGCAUUGGCCUACGCGCGUCGCCGUCCAGCGGGCGUUCGAGGCGGGCGUCGCGGACUUCCGCGAGGUGCUGGAGCGCGAGUACGCGCAGCUGAUCGAGGACGACCGCCGGAGGAGCAGCCGCGUGCGCGCGGAACGCGUCCGCCGGGACCGGCUGCGGACAGGCGACUCCGCACUUUGCGCGUAG